CCACGAUAUAUAUAGUCCCGUUCUUCCGCAAGGGAAACCAAAUAUUGACCCCUCGAGUUUGCACAUUUUACACCACGACCGCUUAAGUCAUAUUUCAGAUCGCCAGCCUCGUCAGAGUCGACGGAAGUACAACGAACCCAACACUCCAACCAGUUUCAGCUGAACUCCAGACGAUAAACUCGAUCUCCACACCUUGCAUGCUCACCCUCCAGCAAGCCAAGAAUGGAUCAUGAAGGCGACGCCGUCAUGGGCGACUAUCCUCCCGAACCUAACAUCCCUCAACUUCCAACGCAAUCCCCUCUUGCAAACUAUACCACGACCUUUGGCAAGUUCAAAGGGGAAAAAAUCUGCGAACUCCCACCCUAUAGCACCCCGCUAUGGUACUCUCUGAGAGUACCAUGACUUUUUAU